CCUCAUGAAAUACAUAUCUAACAAUCAGUCAUCCAUGCGGCUGCCUUUCUUCCCUCCAGUUUGUUUAAUACCUCGUCUUUCACUGUCGGAGUCAGAAGUUUCUGAACAGUGACAAACGAAGCUUCGUCAUUUUCAUUUUUCAAUUUUUCAUUUCCAUUUUCAAAAAAUUGUCAGUUUAUUGUCCUGCCCCUUGCCAAUUGUCACUUUACUCAUGGUUUCCUCCCCUUUGAUUGAUAGCUGAAUUAUUGAGUACAAAAUGAUAAUGGAGUCAGCAUUUCCCUCCUCGUCUUCGUCAUCUCCAUCGUCAUCGUUAGUCAGGGGGGAAGGGGGGCGUGGAAGGCAAAUUCCUGUAGUGAUGGGAAGCUCAAUCUCCGUUACAGAAAUACCUUCCAGUCCAGUCGUAAAGUUGACAAGCAGUCGGGCAAAAAUGGUCGAUGAUGCCGCCACCCCGUCGUGUCGUGCUCCAGUCGUGGAAGAGGAGAAAAAUACGGCGACUGAUCAAGGUCAAGGUCGAGGUCAAAACGGUUGCUCACUUCUUGAGACUGCGGGAAAUUAUAGAAAUAUUACUACUAUCGUCUCGCGGAGGAGGCGCUUGGAUGCAGAUAGGGUAAACAAUGACGCGAAUGAUGGAGAAAUAUUUCCUCAAUAUGAUGGUCCUGUGAAGAAAGAAGCGCUUAGAGGGGACAACCUGCUGGAUGGCGGAUAUAAUAACGACACUGGAGAGGUGAAGCCGAUGAAUGCAUUUGGAAGCUACUAUAAAAUUGAAAAAUUAGGAUCGGGGUCAUUUGGUGUUGUCUUUAAAGGGAUUAAUGUAGAUACAAAUGAGGCAGUUGCAAUCAAAAAGGAAUUUUCUGCCAUGAAAUUUGCCACUGUUGCAAGAGAGAGUCAAAUUCUCAAAGAGCUUCAGGGUUUGCUGGGAAUACCGAAAUGGAUAAACUUUGGGUGUAAUGGAACUGACACCAUUUUGAUGAUGGAAUUAUUAGGACCCUCACUCAAGGACUUGCUGACUGUUUGUGGAGGAAAGAUGUCUAUUAAAACUGUACACAUGCUGGCGAUUCAACUUUUGUCCUGCUUGGAAGGAAUUCAUUAUCGGAACGUCAUUCACAGGGAUAUCAAGCCCUCAAAUAUCGUGAUUGGGGUUGGCGAAUCUUCAAUUUAUCCGUACCUUAUUGAUUUUGGGCUUGCAAAAAAUUUUCGCCAUCCAGUCACACUUGAACAUAUUCCACCACAAAAUCACAAGUCCAAGUCUAUUGUUGGAACUAUGAGGUUUGCAUCGAUUGCUAGCCACCGUGGUGAUGAGCUGGGACGAAAGGACGAUUUGGAGAGUCUGGUAUAUACCCUCAUCUACUUGUUGAAAGGUUGUCUUCCGUGGCAAACUUUGGGUAGUACGAACUCUAAAUCGAAUCAAGCGAUCUUAGAAAUGAAGUCACAAAUGUUACUGUCUGACCUUUGUCCCGAUUUGCCAAUGGUUUUUUUAAAAUUACUUAUUUAUACUAAAACUCUCAAGAUGGAAGAUCUACCUGACUAUUCAUAUCUGAAGCAAAUAUUUAUCCGUUCUAUGAAAGAUUGGAAAAUUUCAUUUGACUAUAAUUACGACUGGGUGAAUGGUACAAGCUCCUCGGCGACUCAUUCAAACAAUAAUGAUUAUCAUUUCAUACAUCCAUCUACUAUGGUUCCAUCGACCAUCGAAACACUACAGAAUGCUGCUACAUUCUUGUCACCCCCCUUUAAUGACUGGAAAAGGCAGUAUGAACUCUAUGGUGCAAAUACCAUGCAACCCCCCAUUCGCCGUGCUGAACCAGAAAAAACCUACAGAAGCAGCUAUCCCUCUGCCAAUUCGGGCUACCUAUGUCCCCCAGGAUUCCGGCCCUAUGAUGCAUUCAAUCGCAACCAUAAACAGCUCUCUCUAAAUACACAUUCUGAUCUCACAAGAAGUUUCUCGCAGUCGCCACGAGCGUGCACCCCUCCGAAUUCAACUCCUCUUGGUCCGUUCAAUGCAUCUCCCGGUUGCUAUUGCACAGACAAUCCUGAUGCUCAGAAGUGUCGCCAAUGCUGCAUUCGAACACAAAAGUAUUUAUCUUAGAACUAGUCGACCCUUUAGUCUCUUGAGAUUGUAAAUGGUUUAAAAGUUAACGCCUUAGCUUUAACUUAAAUGUUAUUCUAAUUUGAAAUUUUAUAUUAAGAUGUACAUAGACUUUUUCUUUGAACGAAAUCCUGUAUUUAGUAACUCCUAAUAUUAAGUUUUUUUUGACAAAAAUAAUUCCAUUUAUAAUUAGACUUUGUUUAUUAGUUUUCUCUGCUAAUUGCAUUUUAAUUUUCAUAUACAUAUGUCGUCUUUUAGGCUAAAUAUAAUUUUGUACCAGUAUGAUUUCACUUCUUAUGACAAUAAUAUAGAUAUUAAUAUUUGAUUAAAACUACUAAUACUUGGAGAUAUGUAAACUACUAUUAUCUGUUAUCUAAUCAAGUUGAUCAUUUAAUUAGAGUUACUGGUGCUGACCACGUAUUUAGUUGACAUAGGUGAUAUCAUUUAAUUAGUUUCUCUUGUACAUGUAUAUAGAUAUUUGAUUGUAUGUGCAUACAUAAAUAUGUUCCAUGAUUGAGCAAGUUUGAAAUGCCA